CCAGCCUCGGCUCAGUGUCCCUCAGUGCCACUGUCACAGCAAGGAGUCUUUAAGAGGGGAGCCGCAGAUCAGCCCAGUCACCCCUGAUGUCCUCUCCUCCGUUGUCUUUUAUCCUACGGGGUGCUGGAGGUCAGCUGAGAAGGAGCCACCUUAAAGAAGGGCGUGUAUGCCAGGAGCUUGAGUAUUUGUGUGGCCAUAUAUCUAUCUAGCAGUGGAACUCUCAGGACAGAGAUGGCACUGACCUCAGAGCUGUAUGGCACCGCUGCCUCCAGGCUGGACUCCUUCGUGGCUCAGUGGCUACAGCCCAGCCGGGAGUGGAAAGAUGAGGUGUUGGAGGCUGUGCGGACUGUGGAGCAGUUCCUGAGGGAAGAGCCCUUCCAGAGGGAACAUGGGCUGGACCAGGAAGUGCGGGUGCUAAAGGUGGUCAAGGUGGGCUCCUUCGGGAAUGGCACAGCGCUCAGGAGCAGCACGGAGGUGGAGCUGGUGGUGUUCCUGAGUUGUUUCCACAGCUUCCAGGAGGAGGCCGAGCACCACCACGCUGUUUUGAGAUUGAUAUGGAAAAAGCUGUGGCAUUGCCAUGACCUGGUGGCCCUUGGGCUCGAGGUGAUAGGAGUGGUCCAGGGAGCGCCUGAUGCUUUUGUCUUCACCAUUCAGACUAUGAAGACUGCAGAGCCCAUCACUGUCACCAUUGUGCCUGCCUAUAGGGCCAUGGGACAUUCAAUUCCCAAUUCUCAGCCACAUCCUGUGGUCUAUGAGAGCCUGAUCGAGGCCUGCAACAGUUACCCUGGAAAUUUCUCUGCAUCCUUCUGUGAGCUGCAGAGAAACUUCGUCAAACAUCAGCCAACCAAGCUGAAAAGCCUCCUGCGGCUGGUAAAACACUGGUACCUGCAGUAUGUGAAAGCCAAGUGCCCCAGGGCCAUGCUGCCCCCUCUCUAUGCCCUCGAGCUACUGACCAUUUACGCCUGGGAAAUGGGCACACAGGAGGAUAAGAAUUUCAGGUUGGAGGAAGGCCUCACCACUGUGAUGGAACUGCUCCAGGAGUAUGACUUACUCUGUAUCUACUGGACCAAGUAUUACACAUUCCAGAACCCAGUCAUCGAGGACUUUGUCAGAAAACAGCUAAAAAGAGAAAGGCCCAUCAUCCUGGAUCCAGCUGACCCCACCCACAACGUGGCGAAAGGAUACAGAUGGGACAUAGUCGCACAGAGAGCCAACCAGUGCCUGAAACAGGACUGUUGCUAUGAUGACAAGGAGAACCCAAUCCCCAGCUGGAACAUAAAGAGGGCACGAGACAUCCAGGUGACAGUGGAGCAGUGGGGUUACCCAGAUUUGAUCCUCAGGGUGAACCCUUAUGAGUCCAUAAAGAAGGUUAAAGAGAAGAUUCGACAGAGCCGCGGCUACAUGGGUCUGCAGCGUCUGUCCUUCCAGAUACCUGGUGGUGAGCGGCAACUCCUCAGCAGCCGCAGCUCCCUGGCCGAUUUCGGAAUCUUCUCUAACAUCCCCAUCUAUCUGCUGGAGACUGUCUCCCCUGAGAUCCAGGUCUUUGUGAAGAAUCCAGGUGGUGAGAGUCACGCAUAUGCCAUCGACCCCAACAGUUUCAUCUUGAGCCUGAAGCAGCAGAUACAAGACAGGCAGGGGCUUCUCAGAAAGCAGCAACUGCUGAAGUUCCAAGGUCAAGUCCUGCAGGAUUGGUCAGCUUUUGGGAGCUAUGGUAUCGAGGACAGCGACACCCUCAUCCUCUCCAAGAAAUAAGCCUGAGAGGCUCUGCUUCCACACAACUAAUUUAUUCAGGGAAACUUCCUGUAGUUCUGCCAACUUAUCCAGGACUCAUUCUAUCAACCACUCCUCCCAGCUCUCUGCUGGGGAGGUUCCAUGUCUUCACCAGUUUUGUUAAAAGUUAUCCUAGCUCUCCCUGCCAGUAGAGGAAUGAGGAGGGGUAUGAGAGAGACUAGAUAUGCGUGUGGACAAUGGCCAGACCAUAAACAACAAUAGAAUUCUGACCCGUAGCCUCUGCAGCCACCAACCUGGGAAGCCAAACCACAACCUGUGCAGUAAUUGACCCCAAAGUGUCAGGAUUUAGUCAAUAACUGACAGCUUUCCUAAUUCUCCCCUGCCCCCUUGCAAUUCAGGUCCAACCAGAGAAAGCCAAACAAGCUCUCUAAGCAAUCACAUAGGAUGUCCUAUUUCUAGAUAACCCACCUCCAGCUUCCCCAGGACACCAACCUCAGUCAGGGCAUACCUGAAGCCUUCUCUUCUUUCCAUUAUAAAGCUUUCCCAUCCCCUGUCUUUGAGUCUCUGCCAAAUGCAAGGGAUGAUGGCUGACUCCCUUGCUCUAGCAAGUUGGGAAUAAAUAACCUUUGUUCAUUCUCUUUUA